ACUAUUCUGUGCUUUGAACUGAAUGAAUGCUUCUAGUCAUUUGCACCUGCCAAUACAUUUCAGAAUGUAUUCUACCAUAAUCAAAUAUUUUCUUUGGUUUGAUUGGACUACUCUGGUGCUUCUCCCUCAGUGAGCAAUCAGGGAUUAUUUAAUUGGUCCACCCAAGUGCUUGAGGGAUUCUCUUGAUUUUCCAAGGAUGUUUAACGAAUGUCCUGAAAUUCUGAUGGCAGUUUAAUUUGAAGCCUUAGUUACCACUUGUAAUAAGGAAGUGACAACAGCCUGGGUAGGAUUAGUCCUGAGUAGUUUGUGCUGUUCAUUGCUCCUGGGUGUAUGUAUAUAUUUCAGUUGAUUUAUUGAGUUGCUCCAUGAAAUGAAGUAAUAAAAGAGAUACCAAAGGAACUGUUGUAGAAAGACCAGGAGCAACUAUGAUUGAAUGCAUAUAUUACUUUGGAUUAAGCUUACAGUUUAAUGAUAAGAGAAGCACUAACAUAGCUUUGUCCCCAUUCUUUUUUACUUCUAUGGAGUCCUGCUCAGUUAGAGUAGGCACAAGUCCUUCUGGUUCCAAUUCUGCUGUCUUUUAAAAAGAAUUUUUUAACAUUUUUAGUUUUUCAAACAGGCAACUUGUGAUCUUGUUUGACUGAUGAUGGCUGGCUGGAAUGUUCCUCAUCAUCAGAUGAGGGAGCAUUCCCAGUCAGGGAAGAGAGAUGCGGUUCUCCUCAACCUACCAGACAAAUAUGGGCUGCCUUAUCCUCCCUUAUUUUUCUUGAAGAAGAACUAUUGGUUUAAAUCAAGAAAGCCUUACACCAAUGAACAAAGUCAUGGAAAUAUUUUCAGAGAAAAUAUUGAACCUGUGCCUCCUGAAUUUGAUGGGAAGGAAGCCAUUCGAUUAAAUAACAUUAAAAAAACAUAUAAAGUGGGAAAAACAAACACAGAAGCUUUGAGAGGCUUGUCUUUGGAUAUCUAUGAAGGGCAGAUCACUGCAAUUCUUGGUCAUAGUGGAGCUGGAAAAACAACAUUGCUAAACAUCCUCGGUGGACUUUCUAAGUCAACUGAUGGUUCUGCAACCAUUUUGGAGUACAAUAUCGCUGAGAGGAAAGAGAUGGAACAAAUCAGGCAAUUUAGUGCUGUGUGUCCACAGUUCAAUAUUCAGUUUGAAUAUUUAACAGUGAAAGAAAAUUUAAAGACAUUUGCUAAAAUAAAGGGGAUACCAUCCAGUGAUAUAGAAAAUGAGGUAGAAAAAAUACAGACUCUCUUGGAUAUCAGUGCCAUUCAGAAUACACAAGCUAAGAAUUUAAGUGGUGGACAGAAACGAAAAUUGACUCUGGCGAUUACUUUCUUAGGACAACCACAGGUUUUAUUACUAGAUGAGCCAACUGCAGGAUUGGAUCCUUAUUCUAGACAUCAAGUAUGGACUCUCCUAAAUGAGCAAAAAGCAGGUCGAGUCAUUCUGUUAACUACUCAGUUCAUGGACGAAGCUGAUAUCCUCUCUGAUCGCAAAGCUAUUAUCUCCCAUGGCAGCCUGAAUUGUGUUGGCUCAUCUCUGUUCCUGAAGAAAAAGUGGGGAAUUGGCUACCAUUUAAGGAUGCAUAUAAAUGAAAUUUGUGAUUCUGAAAGAACAACAUCAUUGGUUAAGCACUAUAUUCCUUCUGUGAAAUUAUCAGGACAACGUGAAAAUGAAUUGAGAUACAUCCUGCCUUCAGAACAUGUGAAUAAAUUUCCAGGUUUGUUCAGUGAAAUCGAUCAACAGACAGAUCUAGGAAUAGUUGACUAUGGAGUUACUAUGACAACUUUGGAAGAUGUCUUCUUGAAACUAGAAGGAAAUGAAAAAAAUUAUGACGAUUAUGGAGUCCAUCACGAAGGGGAAGGAGAAGAACCAGGAAAGGAUGAAAUGGAACAGGAUCUGCUAUUCUUGUCAGAGAUGGGAAAAGUGACAGUGAAGGGCUUAAAACUCUGGAGACAACAAGUUUGUGCCAUUGCAAGAAUGCACUUUUUAAAUCUCAAGAGGGAAUGGAAAAUCUGGGGAGCCCUCUUACUAAUUUCUGGAAUCAUUCUGUUACCAUAUAUAAUUCAAACUGUUUCCUUUGGUGUUUCAUUGACCAUGCAUUAUGCAGAGCUUCAUCCUGGGUUAUACUUUCAGCCAGGAAAGUGGAAUUUCAAGGAAAGUUCUGGACUUCUGAUCCUUAACAAUACAGGUGAAAAAAUUGAUAAUUUUGUCCAGGCAAUAAAGAAUCAGAACAUUCUGAUGGACGUAAUCUCGGGUAACAAUAUCAGUGACCAGCUGGUCCACAAUGGGGCCAUACAAGUAGACAUUGAAGAGAAGAAAUACAGGUUCACACUUAUGUGCCACACAGAAAUAACCAACUGCUUUCCUGUGCUUGUCAACAUCAUCAGCAAUGCAUUUUUACACAUGCUUAAUUCCACUGCCCGUCUUCGAAUUUGGAGUCAAAUGUUUUUAGGGGAAUUUCAACAGGAAAGUUUUGCGUUUUAUUUUUUGGAAUUACAAAUGUUUGAGACUUUCAUAUUUCUGUCUGCUUUUCCACCUCAAUUUGCAAUGAUGAGCAUGCAAGACUACAAGAUAAAAGCUCACUCUCAACUCCGAAUCUCAGGGCUGUUGCCUUCUGUAUAUUGGUGUGGACAAGCUCUGAUAGAUAUUCCUCUCCACUUUGCUCUACUUGUUGUAGCACUAUUGCCAUGGUUGCUAAAAUUAAUCGUUAUAAGUGCUAAGAAUUGGAGCAUUUUACAUUUAGUUUUGGUGAUAUUUCUGCUUGGUUAUAGUACCUCUUUUGUCCUACUCCUAUAUGUAAUUGCCUUCAUAUUUCGUAAAAAAAUGCAUACUGCCAGUUUUUGGUCAUUCAUCUUGAUAUUAGUGUCUGUGAUUUCAUUUGCAAUGUUUGUAACAGCUAUACCACCUCUGAUGUAUCUACUUGAUGUUUUCAUUCCUAUAUUUCCAGUUAUUAGUUUUUUAAUUUACUUUUCAACGACGCUGAAAGAUGUUUAUGCAUUUGAUGAUGCAGGAUACCACAUUUUACAUAUGGAUGAGUUCUGGAUAUCUUUCUUCAUGCCUUACAUCCACAGCAUAAUUUUCCUUUUUUUACUUCGCUAUCUGGUUUUGAAAUAUGACAGACCAGUUAUGAGAAGAGAUCCUGUAUUUAGGAUUUCUCCUCAAAGAAAAAGGACCUAUCAGAAUCCCGAGGAGCUCAGUGAAGAGACUGAUAGAGACAUCCUAGAUGAAAGGACCAGAGCUCAGAGUGCACUGGAUUCUGCCAAUGAAGAAGAGAAACCAGUUAUCAUCGUCCACAACUUGUGCAAAGAGUACAGAUAUGGAAAGGCUUGUUCUACUCCAUGUUGCAACAAACAGCAGAAGAGAAAACUGGCUACCAAAAAUGUUUCUUUUUGUGUUAAAAAAGGAGAAAUAUUAGGGCUUCUGGGACCAAAUGGUGCUGGUAAAAGUACAACAAUUAGCAUGAUAAUGGGAGAUAUGGAUCCAACUGCUGGGCAAGUGCAUAUUAAAGGAGCUGAUGGAGCUGCGACAGAGGAAAAUGCUGCUCUUGGCUACUGUCCUCAGGAGAAUCCGCUCUGGUCCAAUCUGACCAUGAAAGAACAUUUGGAGAUUUUUGCAGCUGUAAAAGGGAUCAAGAAGGAUGAUGCUACUAUAGCCAUUAAUAGAAUAGCUCGAGUUCUAGUUCUUGAAGAGCAUUUAAAAAAGACAACUAAGACAUUAUCUGCCGGAUUAAGUAGAAAAUUGUGCUUUGCCCUGAGCAUGUUGAGUAAUCCUACCGUGUGGCUACUAGAUGAACCAACCACUGGCCUGGAUCCCAAAGGAAAACACCAAGUGUGGAGAGCAAUUCACACCAUGCUGCAGAACAAGGAUAAAGGUGCCAUUUUGACAACUCAUCACAUGGAGGAAGCAGAGGCAAUGUGCGACCGAGUAGCUAUCAUGGUGUCUGGACAGCUCAGGUGCCUGGGUUCAAUUCAGUACCUGAAAAGCAAAUUUGGAAAAAAUUAUUUGCUGCAAAUAAAAGUAAAAGGGGUAGAACAAGGAGAUCUUGUGAAUACUCAGAUUCUAAAAAUGUUCCCACAAGCAGCUCGUCAAGAAAGGAUAUCCACUUUGUUGGUCUACAAGAUUCCAAUGGAAAAUGCACUGCCUCUCUCUAAAGCUUUCUCCAUGUUAGAAAAAGUGAAACAACUGUUCAAUCUUGAGGAGUACAGCUUUUCUUUGAACACUUUGGAACAG